AUUUAAGUAAAGCAUUUGCCGUAGCUGCCGUGUCGCGUGGCAACUCUGUACUGUACUUCUGAUACAGAUAAAAAACUAUUGACUAUCUAUCUAUAAUCGAGAAAUUGCGCGCUUCUCGCAUUGGAAGUCAUAAUCAAAAUAAAUAAAACCGAAAUCAAGAUGAGUGACGAAGUCGCCGCGUCCCCCGCUGUAGUUAAUGAGCUCAAAUAUGAAGAUGUCUCGCAGCUCAACUUUUCCAAACUGUACUCGCCGAAAAUGAAGAGCGUCUACUGGCGCUAUUUUGGCUUUCCCUCCAACGACAACAACGAGGUAAUCACCAAGCAGAACGUGGUGUGCAUCAAGUGCCACAAAGUGCUGACCAACCACGGCAAUACGACCAACUUGCGGGCCCACUUGCAGCAUCGCCACAAGGAUCUUUUCAGGGACCUCUGCCAGGAACACGACAUCCAAGUGCCGCCGCGAAAAACGCCGCGCAACGUCGCCCAUCCGCCGCUCUCGAAGAGGAACGUCUCCACACGACGCGUGAAGUUAGAGUUUAUUAAUAAUCGCAAUCACGACAAUGCAUCGGACGACGAAAUGGACGAGGCCGCCGUAGCCACCGCCGCCAUGCAGGCCGAGGAGGAAUCAUCGUCUCAGACCCUACUGUACGAAACUAUGGUGCCGUUCACCUACGACGAAUCUGAUAAUGUGGUCGAGGAGGAGGAGCGCACGGUUAGUUUGGAGCCAAAGUUUCAGCGAAGGGUAGGUAAAGUUGGGCGCCCUCCGGGUGCUCUGCACCACAGUCGGCCCAUUAAGCACGAGGAUGGCGGCUACUCAUCGCCGAACAUAGCCAACUUGGCAGAGGCCUUGACCGACAUAGUCAUAAAGGAUUUGCGCAAUGUGGAGACGCUCUACGAUGUGGGUUUCAGCGAUUUUGUACGGCAGGCCAUGGGCAACGCUGCGUGCAUGCCCGAUCUGGAGAAGGUCGAUUCUCUCCUGAGCGAGAUGCAUGCCUCCAAGUUUUUGGAGAUCGGAGACAUUACACGAGAGUUCAGUGCCGAGAAACCCUUUUCGCUGGCCUUUGAGCGUUGGAUAAAUGUGGAGCAGCGUCGUUUCCUUACCAUCUACCACCACUAUCUCGACGAGGAGACCCAGUCCGUUCGCAGCGCCUUGUAUGCGACAGUCGAAUACAAUGAUUACAUCGUCUUUGACGAUCUGCUUACCGACUUCUACUUGACCAACUGCACCCUUGUAAUCGUCAAUUACGACGACGAAGAAGACUUUCUGUACAGCUACUUGAAGGAAAAGAAUAUUCCCGUUGUACUGUGCUAUGUCUCGGUUAUUGACAAAUGUUUGCUUCGAGUGUUUGACAUAGAGGAGGUGGCCACACUUCUGGAGCAGGUGAAGGACAUCAUCCAGCGGCAUUCGGCCGAGAUUAGCUCGAAGGUAUCGGAGCUGCCCUCGUACAAUGAGCAUUUCCCUUGGACCCUGUAUGAGAUGUUGAAGUUCUUUACCGAAUCCAUUUCGUGGUCCGAAGACAUGGAUCAACUAGUGAUGACGGCCAAAAUCGUGACAGAGGCGCUCAGCGCGUUGGUGAUUGCAUUGGACACAUUGCGGGGCGAGGAUAUUCCGCUAUGCAGCAUGCUGUCGCCCAUAACAUCAAAGAUACUGAUUAAGAAACUUGGCAUUGUUGAGCAGGACGAUUCCCUGAUGAUGAACAUAAAGCGCACCAUAGCUGGUGUGCUGCAGAGCUACGUUAUAUCGAACGACAAUCUGACCAGCGCUGCACUGCUCGAUCCCCGAUUCCAUCGGCUGACCACCAUUGAGAACCUGGACAGGUGUGUCCGUAUGCUGACCCAAAAAUACAACAAAACGUUCGGCGGAUCGAGCGGCGACCCAACAGAAGUGGCGGCUACUACCUCCGUGAACACUUCGCCAACGGUUACCAUCAAGGCAGAACCAAGAAACAGCUCUGCUGGCAGUAAUGCUAAGAAGUCGAAGCUGGAACUUUUGUUUGAUGUUGCCGAGAUUCCAAACCCACCCAAGCGGGAUGCCGACUGCACUGUGGAAACUGAUUUGAAACGUUACCGUAACGAGGUAAUCGUUCAGUUGGACGAGUCCCCCAUUGAGUGGUGGCUCAAAAUGGGACAUAUUUAUGCAACGCUGCGCGAUCUCGCCACCUUAUAUCAGAGUGUGCCCGGCGUGGUGACCCUAAGCUUCAAGAAGCCUUUGCGAGAGCAGAUUAAUGAUUUCAAUAAGCGUUCCAUGCUCACCGGAAACCAAAUCGACGCGAUAUUGUUUUUGCAUCAUCACAACAAUUAAUUACACAGCGGGAAUCGCUGGAUAAUGUAGCUUUUUUUUCGUAAUCGUAAUCGAAAGAAAAUGAAGAAUUCAGUGUUUCUUCUAAAUGUAGAAAUGAAGAAAUUGAAUAAUUCUGUUUCUACUAGAUGCAUAACGAAAUGCAUUAUUUUUAACUUUCCUUUUAAACCUAAAUUUAAUCUAAUCUGUGUGUAUAUGACUACGAUGGGCGCUGCCAAUUGGAAUUAUAAUUAAAUUGAAAAAUAAUGAAAACAAUGAAAAGCCGGACUUGGCCGUACGCUGGAGAAUCAGGCAUGUUGUGUGUACAUUUUGAACACGCCCCAAUAUA